AUGGGUCAAUCGCAUUCCAAGGGGAGCAACGGCUCAGGCGAUGCCUUGCAGUCAUACCCAUCCUUUUCCAAAUCUGACACGAAGGAGUCCCUUCGAUCGUUCCGUGGUUCCAUUCGCUCGAAAAUCCCCGGCGCUCGCGAUAGUCCCCGUGCUUCAUCAACCGCUCUGUCUCGGACCGAAAGUCAAGGCGACAAGUCCGAUGUAGGAUCGGUCAAAUCAACCUCCAGCCGCCCAGGAUCUGCCUCUGGUCUCUCGUCUCCCGGAUCCGAGAAUGUCUCCCGUACAGGCUCGCCAGAGCCACCACCAUCCCCCUCGUUGUCUACCAGCCUCAAGCGUGGCCACAAGGAUGUGAACGCAAUGCAACAAAGCGGCGAGGUGGAUAAUGUCUCUGACAACCCUCCUACAGGAGGUCCCCCAAGCGGAACAGUGGCGAACGUUGGGGAGUCCAUUCUCGUCAAGCGCGAAAACCAGCUGAACCCCAUCCUGGAUUUCAUUCUCAAUCCUCCACAGGAGCAUGCCGGGUCACCGGGCAUGGGCAUGGGUGCGCUGAAGUCCAUCGAUCUGGAUGACAUGAUCAGUCGACUCUUGGAUGCAGGUUACUCAACCAAAGUCACGAAAACCGUCUGCUUGAAGAACGCCGAGAUCACGGCUAUCUGCUCAGCCACUCGGGAACUUCUACUUUCGCAGCCAGCAUUGCUGGAGCUUUCUGCCCCCGUCAAGAUUGUGGGCGACGUUCAUGGUCAAUAUACUGAUUUGAUCCGCCUCUUCGAAAUGUGCGGUUUCCCCCCAGCAUCAAACUAUCUUUUCCUCGGUGACUAUGUCGACCGUGGCAAGCAGAGCCUCGAGACGAUCCUUCUGCUCUUCUGCUAUAAGCUAAGAUAUCCGGAGAACUUCUUCCUGCUUCGUGGUAACCACGAGUGUGCCAACGUCACGCGUGUUUAUGGAUUCUACGAUGAAUGCAAACGCCGUUGCAAUAUCAAGAUCUGGAAGGGUUUCAUUGAUACCUUCAACUGUCUCCCUAUUGCCGCGAUCGUGGCGGGCAAGAUCUUCUGUGUGCAUGGUGGUCUAUCGCCUAGCUUAUCCCACAUGGAUGACAUUCGUGGCAUUGCCCGGCCCACCGACGUUCCUGACUACGGUCUACUGAAUGAUCUGUUGUGGAGUGACCCCGCUGAUAUGGAAGAAGACUGGGAGCCAAACGAGCGAGGUGUCAGCUAUUGUUUUGGCAAGAAAGUCAUCAUGAACUUCUUGCAGCGCCAUGACUUUGAUCUGGUGUGUCGAGCCCACAUGGUAGUCGAGGAUGGUUACGAGUUCUAUCAGGAUCGGAUCCUGGUAACGGUUUUCUCCGCGCCCAACUACUGUGGUGAGUUCGAUAACUGGGGAGCCAUCAUGUCCGUUUCGAGUGAACUCCUCUGCAGCUUCGAACUCUUGAAACCACUGGAUUCGACCGCCCUUAAGAACCAUAUCAAGAAGGGUCGCAACAAGCGUAACAGCGUGCUCAACAGCCCUCCCGCCCUACCGUCCGCGCAGAGCUUCUAA